AUGCGGGAAAACAAGAGCAAGCGGAUUCAGGGCAACAUCGUGCGGCUGGUUGCGAAAAACCUCGGAGUUAUGUCAGACGAAACCAAGGACAUUGAGUACAAAAUCAAGAAGGCGUGGAAAGCGUAUCACACUUUAGCCGCUCACAUGGCAGGAAUUCAGGGACUCACAAACAAACGGCGAGGCGAGCUCAUUCCUAUCAUGUUGCGGACGAUUUUGACCUAUGGCCUCACCUCGCGAUAUGUGCGGCCGGAAGAAGUCAAAAAGUUGGAAGGUGAAGAGAUAAAGUUUGCCAUGCGGCUCUUGCAGAUGCCGCUCUGGGUAAAGAAGUCGGAGCGUAUUAGUGACGCAGAAAUUCGUAGGCGCCUGAAGCUGCCACCGCUGGGGGCGCAUCUCCGGUUUUUACAGCUGCGACACAUCGGGCACAUUUUACGAAAACCGAAGGAAGACUUCACCAGGAAGGCGCUUUUGGGAUACUUUGUUCCGGCGAUGAUGACGAAGCCCACGGACUUCAUUCGCUCAGUGAAAAACUUAAAAGAAUUGGGCCCGAAAUCGCGAUGCGCGACGUCGUUGCUAGAGGAUUGCGUUGGCUACAUGCAAGACAAGUGUGGUCUCAGCUCACACGUUAUGGAACAGAUUUUCAUGUCACCAGAGGAAUGCGCCCAAGCUCGGCCGGAUUUGAAAGGGCCGGACAGUUUGCACAACAAGAACAAGCGACUUUUUUAUGUGGUAACGAGAUGGCAGCACAUUCGAGAGUGCGUCGCGGAUUGGUCGAAAUCAGAAAAGCGGCCGGCUGAAAAAACACUCUUGGACGAGGAGCAUCUAGAUUAUCUUGCUAUAAAAUAUUUUGGGACUGAGAAUGGACCGAAGACGACGAGGGCGCAAAUCAGAAAAGACGCAGUGGCCGGGGGUUACGAUCCGGCUGCGAUGCUUGCAGGGUAUGACCGACCGACAGGCGCGCCGCAGUACUUGUAUCGAGCCAAAAAAUGCCCUUGGUGUUCUCCGGAUGCUUCAGAGUUUGGUGCUCGGAGCGACGAUGAGUGGAGGGCGUUAGAUUCGGUAGUUGGACUGCCGCCGGAGUUUCUUGACCAUGUUUCGCGCGAACAUGCUGCAGUGGAGCCCAAAACUGAUCGUCUAGAUGAAGCCCGGGAGUACAAUGAAGACAUUGAUGGGGAAAAAUCGGCACAGAUCCGCAGGGAAAUCAUACAGCAGCAUGAGUGCCUUCGCGAGAAGCCAGCAAAGGGCCGGCUACCGAGAGGGAGGACAAAAAGGGUGCCGCAAAUUACUUGCACGAUCUGCAGUCGAGACUUUACGUCAUCAGCAGGCGCCAUGGCACUACACGCGCAGGCCCACGAGAAUGAAGAGUAUCAAACCUUGGGGCAAAUUUACCGAACGGACGCGACAACAGGGGAACGCUUUGCAACGUCGGAAUUCAGGCCGCAGCAGCACAUAUGGGAUGAGGGGCGGGGCAAAUUUACUGCAGGCAGCGACGCGCACAGCUGUGCCAUUAUCAUCCCCCGCGCAGCAGAAUACCGGACGCGACAUAAUAAGAUGGGGAUUAAGUGCAGAAAGUGCACGGCUUUUCGGAUACAGCUGCAAGGAGAUGAUGAGGAUCAGUUGCACUAUUGCAAGGCGGUGGAAAAGAAAGUGGAAAAGAUGAAGAAGCGCGAGAAGUGGUGCAAAGGCAAGAAGUUCGCCUUUCCCCUUGGAGAAACUAGUGACGUCGAGCAGUAG